AAAGAAUUGAUCCCCCAUUCUUCAUUCCACCAGAAUACACAAAUAAAAAAUGACCGCAGGAAAGCCCAUCACUUGUCGUGCUGCCAUUGCUUGGGAGGCUGGCAAGCCUUUAAGUAUCGAAACUGUUGAAGUUGCCCCACCAAAGGCUGGCGAAGUUCGUAUCAAGAUCGUUGCCACUGGAGUGUGUCAUACAGAUGCCUAUACCCUCUCUGGUUCUGACUCUGAGGGAGUCUUCCCUGUUAUCCUUGGACAUGAGGGUGGUGGAAUUGUCGAAUCAGUUGGUGAGGGUGUAACUAGUGUUAAGCCUGGCGAUCAUGUUAUUCCUCUGUACACUGCUGAGUGCCGUGAAUGCAAGUUCUGCAAGAGUGGAAAGACAAACUUGUGCAGUAAGGUUCGCGAAACCCAGGGACGUGGAUUGAUGCCUGAUAACACCUCCCGUUUCACCUGCAACGGAAAGCAAAUCUUCCAUUACAUGGGUUGUUCCACCUUCAGCGAGUACACUGUUGUCUGUGAAGUGUCUGUGGCCAAGAUUUCUGAAGAGGCUCCUUUGGAGAAGGUUUGUCUGUUGGGUUGUGGUAUCACCACAGGAUACGGAGCAGCCACACGCACUGUCAAAGUUGGAAAGGGUGAUAGCGUUGCUGUCUUUGGCUUGGGAGGCGUUGGUUUGAGUGUCAUUCAGGGUGCCAAGCAGGCCGGUGCCUCAACCAUCAUUGGAGUUGAUAUCAAUUCCAGGAAAGAGAAAAUGGCCAAGGAGAUGGGAUGCACCCUCUUCGUCAACUCCAAGGAGCUUCCCGAGGGUAAGACCAUUCAACAGCAUUUGGUUGAGAUCACCGAUGGUGGUUUGGACUAUACCUUUGACUGUACAGGUAAUGUCAAUGUGAUGCGUGCAGCUCUGGAGUCUUGCCACAAGGGUUGGGGUGAAUCCGUUAUUAUCGGUGUCGCUGCUGCGGGUCAGGAGAUCCAAACUCGUCCUUUCCAAUUGGUGACCGGUCGAGUCUGGAGAGGAUCUGCUUUUGGUGGUGUGAAGGGACGUAGUGAAUUGCCAGGCCUCGUCCAAGACUAUUUGACCGGCAAGCUCAAGGUUGAUGAGUUCAUCACCCAUAACUUUGGCAUGGAUGAUAUCAACAAGGCCUUUGAUGUUAUGCACGAUGGUGACUGUAUCCGCGCUAUUAUCAAUUAUUCUGGUACAUCCAAGGCAUAGCCUUCACGAACCCCCGUUGAGAAAGAGCUUUAAUUUGGGGUCUUUGCCUUGUGUGUCUGCAUGAUAAUAAAUCCAACUUCUAUCCCCGCUCCUCUUUAUUUCAGAAGAUGUAGAUUGGUAAUGAGUAAUGUGUG